UAAUGAUCAUCCACGUGCAGGUUCCUUGAUCAGGCUGCAAUAGUAGAGGUGGAGCUGGAGCCGUCGUCCCCGUCGUCGGGGAAGAAGAAGAGGAAGAAGUGGGCGGUGUGCACAGUGACAGAGGUUGAGGAGGUGAAGCAGGUGGUGCGGAUGCUGCCCACGUGGGCCACCACCAUCGUCUUCUGGACCGUCUACGCGCAGAUGACCACCUUCUCCGUCUCCCAGGCCCAAGCCUUGGACCGCCGUCUCGGCCCCUCCUUUGUCAUCCCCGCCGGCUCCCUCACCGUCUUCUUCGUCGGCUCCAUCCUCCUCACCGUCCCUAUCUACGACCGCCUCAUCGCGCCGCUCGCUCGCCGCCUCACUGGCAACCCUCAAGGCCUCUCCCCGCUCCAGCGCAUCUUCGUCGGCCUCUUCCUCUCCAUCCUCGCCAUGGCCGUUGCCGGGCUAACCGAGCGCCACCGCCUCUCCGCCUCUACCGCGGGCAUCCAGCUCUCCGUCUUCCUCAUCGUGCCACAGUUCCUCCUCGUUGGCGCCGGAGAGGCGUUCACAUACAUCGGCCAGCUCGACUUCUUCCUCCGCGAGUGCCCCAGGGACAUGAAGACCAUGAGCACCGGCCUCUUCCUCACCACGCUCUCGCUUGGCUUCUUCCUCAGCUCCGGUCUCGUCUCCGUCGUGCACGCGGUGACCACCUCCGGUGGCCGGAGACCGUGGCUCGCCAACGACAUUGACAAGGGGAGGCUCGACUACUUCUACUGGCUGCUCGCCGCCAUCAGCACCGCCAACCUUGGGAUCUUCGUCGCCGCCGCCAAGGGGUACGUGUACAAGGAGAAGCGCCUGGCAAACGCCGGCUUCAUCGAACUCCACGUCGAAGAAGUGGCCGUCCAUGCUUGAUAGAUGACGAACUGGGUUUUAGUUUAGUUUUAUUGUAUUUUAGAACCUCGGUGAUGAUGGUGAUGAAAAUUUGUAAGAGCAGAACAGAAUAAAAAUGUUUUAGGUGUUUAUCAACGGCUCUGCAGAAUGCACGA